AUGCGUACCCAAGCCAGGAGCCGCACCUUUGAAGCCACAGCUUUGCACGAAGCUGUACCCCCGGACCGCUGGUGUGUUACCCGCCCGGACUUGAAGUACUUGUGGCGGGAGGUUCAGCAAGCGAUCUGGCAAGGAAGCAUCUAUCCCCCACAAGAUGGCUCCGACGACUUUGACAGCCAACACGGCCCAAGCAUCUACACGGUAAAUGAGCAGCACAUCAAGCCGGUGACCCAUCUGGCUGGGAAGAUGAGCUGGGCUUUGAUGAGGAAUCCGCAAGGCUUGGACUGCGACAUUUUCAUCAGCCAUGCCUGGCAAGAGGGCAUCUUUGAGUUCAUCUCCAAGGUCCUGCACUCCUGGCCCCGCCCGGCUCGACAUGCUUGGUGCUGCAUGCUCGCGAACCCUCAGAACCUUGACAUUGGGGCCCUCCUCCAGUCCCCGAAGCACUCGCCUUUCGCCCUGGCGCUUCAAGAGGCUUCUUGCGUCUUGGUGGUGCCGAAUCGGCAUGGGAGCGUCUACACUCGACUCUGGUGUGCUUACGAGGCUUACGUGGCAUCCGAAGCGGGCAAGGUGAUCAUCAUCGCUAAGGCCUCCAGUCGGCAUCAACUCCGUCGAGCUCUCUGCUAUGUCUCGGCAUUUGGUUUUCUUGGAAUGCUUGCUGGAAUGCUGGCGCACUUUUGGCCGCCGGCGUUCAACUUGGAUCCUGUCUUCCUUUGCGUUGCGAUUGCAGCUGCAGGUUGUAGCUCUAGUAUGCAAAGCGACCGUCUGCGAGUGGCGCUGAACUGCAUCGGCGAAAUGGCCUGCGGCUAUCUGCUGGUGAACUGGAGCACUAUGCAAUCCUGGUUGCCCCUACAUUGCACGCCACCUUCUUUUCCCUUCGUCGUACAGCGCUUCGUCUGGCUGGUCGCCGCCGCCUUGUUUUGCUUGAUGGAGGUCGACCGCGUAAACAGCAGCGCGACGCGACGGGCAGCCGCGCAGCUCUUGGAGGGCUACGAGGACCAGGGCUCCGUGGAGUUCGCCGAGUGCUCCCGAGAUGCGGAUGCCGUGCGCAUCCGCGCUGAGAUUGGCGACAAGUUUGGUGAGGUGGACUAUGCCAUCCACGUGCUACUGAACGCUGGCAUCUCUACACCGGCACUGCGUGACAUUGCCCGGGCAGGUGUAAACAUCGACAGCGCGGCCCAUCCCGACAUCACCAUACCCUUUCUGUUUCUGCUGCCUUUAAACGCUCUCACCCUCUUGGAGAUGGUCUUGGACGCGCUGUUCCUGAGAAGUGAGUGGUAUUUUGCCGCCAUCCAGGGUCUCUCCUUUCUGGCGAGAGCCAGGCUGCUGAUCUUGCUCUGCCGAAGUCCUGCAGACGAGCGCUGCUUCAUCUUGAAGAUGAUCACCAAGACGGUGGCUUUCCUCCUUGUCGUGGUUAGCCCUUCCAUCGUGCUCGCAGAGCUGGGAGCAGGUCCUCUUCCUGGCUGGAUUCUCAGGGCCUGGUUCUCCCUGCCCAUCGCUUCUUUCGUGGCCUUGCUGGGCUUGGCCUCCCUGGGCCUCCGGAAGACUGCGGCCCUUCCGGGAGGCCUGUGUCUACUCCAGCUCUUCCUCGCGCGGGGCUGCCGGGCACUGCAGGGCCUCCGCUUGCGAAAAGCCUCCGAAACCUCGGGCUCCGAGACUUCCGACGGGUCCUGA